ACUGCAUGCUGAAGCUUCCCGUUGCCUGUGGGGAUUCUUGGGAAUUUGCGAUGACAGCACCUUUGCGCAGAAGUUGCUUUGAAUAUCCGCCGAGAGAAGGAGAGAAGCUCUCGUAGUCCCAGUGUGUCCGCACACACUCGGUUCUUGGUUUUAUCGGGACCUUGGAUAGUUUUCACGUUUCUUAUCAUUGCCUUGACACCCUGUGGACUUUCUAGCAGAUUCUGAUCUUCUGAGGGUGAUUGGUGCAAAGUGUUUAUUUGCACAAAGCAUCGAGAUUACUCCAAAUGUUGGAAUAUGGAAGAUUUUUCAGGAUAUUGCUUAUGGCUAAAUCUGAACUGUAGAUUGAAACAUGGACAAUCCACCCAUGAUGGCUUUAGAGGAACAGCUGUCAUCGGAGUUGCAAGAGGUCCCCAAAAUGGCUUUUAAAGCCGAACUAUCUAUGGCCAAUUCAGCUGUAAAUGAAAGUCCAACAUUAAUAGAUACUUCCUUAAAGAGAGGUAGUCGUUUAAUACCUAUCGAAUCUCACAUAGAUAUUUCAUCUCAAACACUUGAACACCAAAAAUAUUCACCAAAGAGUCAAAUUGCUGCAAUGCAAGUCAGCAAAGAUGGACCUCUUCUUGAUUCAAAGACAAAAUAUAACCUUGAUACCACUGUGUCUAAGAAAGAAAAACCAAGCACCUCUGAUCCAAUACUAAGCCCAAAACAUAGGAUGAAUGGUACUUAUCAUCUAUUUGACCGAGCAAACUAUCAAGAGGACAAUAAGACACUGGUCAAACAUUUGUUAAACACCACAAAUAAUUCGAUAUCUAACUGUCAUGACGCCUCAGUCAGAUCUUUCUCAGGCCCCACCUUCAAUUUUGCAUCCUCUCCAGUAAGCCCCUCCCACCAUGUGUACCCAUACUCCGCUCCUUUACCAGUCUCUACAUCUGCAGAUCUACCCCGGAUCAUCAAACACAAGCCCAGCUCCAUCACUUUUGCAGAUUACGACGGCUUUUUACGUCUCAUACAGAACGUCCAAGCCAACGAGAGCUCUGAUGCCUGCGAGACCUCUUCUGAGGAUGAAGGCCCUGAUGUGGUCUUUCAUGGAGAUGAUGAGGUGUUCCCAGAGCUGACCAAUCGCAAGGAGGCUCUCACUGGUUUCAGACGACAGAGGGGUGGAUGUGACAAGCAGAGACGGAAAGGAUCUUAUGGAGGGGCGAGUACCAGCACCAGUCUGCCUCCCACCAGCGCCAGCAGUCUAGAGGCAGAAGAAGAAGACAGCAGUAGUACAGAGGAGUCUCCUCCGUGGUCUGAAUCCAUGACCCAGCUAAUAAGAAGAUUAGAUCAGCUAAACUUGGACAUAGAGGAAGCUCUCAGUGCUGGGUCUUCGCCUUCUGACACGCCCGACACCGCCCGAAGACACCUCACUGGUGAUGGAACGACUCUAAAGAGUGGAGCUUUAGGGGUAAAGCCCCCAAACUGCAACACAGCCAGGAUAUCUGACCCAAGGGAGCGCAACGGUCAAGAGAGAUUCACCAAAGCGGGAACUGUUUCCUCUUUUGGGAGGUCACAUGGUAAAAAGACUGAGAUGUCCAUCAAGAAGAGGUCUGGAGGGGCAGAAAUCGAGGCGAAGGAGGCUUGUGAUUGGCUACGUGCAGCAGGAUUCCCUCAGUACGCCCAGCUCUUUGAAGAUUCCCAAUUUCCAAUUGACAUAUCUCCUGUGAAGAAAGACCACGACUUCUUGGACAAAGACCUCGUGGAACCUCUAUGCCGGCGACUCAAUACGUUAAACAAGUGUGCUUCCAUGAAGCUCGAUGUUAACCUACCCAAGAAAAAAAAUGAAGACUCAGAUGAAGAUGACCUCUUCGCCAUCAGUGACAAAUGGACCUUUGAAUGGACGAGUCGCCGCUGGUCCAGGCUACAGGACAUCGACACGCUACUAAGGGGUGUGGAGAACAGGAACCCAGGGGAGAACUUAGCCCUGCGGACGACCGCCAGCAGCGAAAGCGUUCUGACAGAUCUGAGCGAGCCGGAGGUCUCGUCGCUCCACAGCGAGAGCAGCAGUGUUAGUGGCGUCCGAACGUACAGCGCGGAAGAAUCGGACGGCUCGCACCGUACGUACUCUGACUCCGCCGCCAUGCCCGAUCGCACAUCGCUGGGCAUUGCCCACCUUUCUCCAGAUCUUUCCAGCUAUGGGUCUCUUUCUGCAAAGCAUGCGAAGCAAGGACGGAUACGUGCCAAGGAAUUCUUACGCCGCAUGGAGGCGUUGCAGUUACGUGGAGCGAUGGGGAGCCUAGGAAACCGAAGUUUGGUUAUAAGCGCCCCGGUUCUCCAACAAGAACCCCAGGCUGUGAAAACUCUCCGCUGCGUGGAGAUCAUCAAUGGAGACGGGAUUUUGGCAGAACCACCCUUCGGCAUGGGGUUGACCUCGCAAUCCAGCAGUGAGAGUAGUGGCAGCCAAUCAAGUGGGAGUACCGUCAGUACACCGAACCUGAAGGAACGCAGCGUACACCGGGCCGAUCACAAGCGCAGCGGGAUGUACCUAGAAGACCUUGAUGUGUUCUCCAGUGUCAUCCAGGGUAAACGUGUGGCUGAGCAGAACCGUCGCAAUGAGUUUCGCUCCUACGAGGACCUGGUUGUGCAUAUUCCUGAAGACCACAAACCUGGAACUUUUCCUAAAGCUCUGUCCAUAGAGAGUCUAGCACCCUCAACAGCAACCUCCAUCCACUGGCACUCAGCAAGCAUGGACUCAGAUGUCCAACGUCCACCCAGCAUCAAAGAACCUCGUCCCGUCACCCAAUGCUGCACCCGAGGUAGUCGGAUUAGCAUCUAUGACAACGUACCCGGAUCGCACCUGUAUGCUAGCACCGGCGACCUCAUAGACUUGGAAAAGGAAGACCUUUUCCCACAUUUGGAUGAUAUUUUACAGCAUGUAAACGGUCUUCAGCAGAUCGUGGACCAUUGGUCUAAGAAUGUGCUGCCCAGCGGUGAAAGCGCAGGGCAGGAGCGAGGUGAUCUUGAUGGUGGGAGGCAGGGAGGCCUGCACUCGUCCAGUCAGAUCACUUUGGAUUUUGAGGGACAUUCAGUGCUGGAGGGUCAGGCCACCUCUAGUGAUGGAGAUAGAGACGGGGUAUCGCUUAAUGAAAACGAAUCCAUAGGCAUGAGGGAGAGGAGAGACUCGGGGGUAGGGGCUUCGCUAACCAGACCAAACCGCUUGCGAUGGCCCAGCUUUCAGAUUUCCAAACGCCUCAGCCAUUCGGUCGCCUGUCUCCAGAUCACCAGUCAAUCAGCAGCUCGGCUUAGUCUACUGCAGAAAUUUUCCUUACUCCGCCUCACUGCCAUCAUGGAGAAGUACUCCAUGUCCAACAAACACGGCUGGACCUGGUCUGUGCCAAAGUUUAUGAAGAGGAUGAAGGUUCCAGACUAUAAGGAUAAAAACGUGUUUGGUGUUCCUCUCAUCGUACAUGUACAGCGCUUCGGUCAGCCUCUACCUCUCGGUGUGCAGCAGGCUUUACGCUACCUCAGGAGCCAGUGCCUUGACCAGGUGGGUCUUUUUCGCAAGUCGGGUGUGAAGUCUCGAAUCCAAGCUCUCAGACAAAUGAAUGAGAGUUCUCCAGAUGACGUUAACUAUGAGGACCAGUCUGCAUAUGACGUGGCAGAUAUGGUGAAACAGUUCUUCAGAGAUUUGCCUGAGCCUCUAUUAACCAGUAAACUGGGCGAAACCUUCCUCCAUAUUUAUCAAUAUGUUCCUAAAGAGCAGCGCUUGCAGGCUGUGCAAGCCGCCAUCAUGCUGAUGUCAGAUGAGAACCGGGAGGUCCUACAGACCCUCCUCUGCUUCCUGAGUGAUGUCACGUCCUCCGUGCAGGAGAAUCAGAUGACGCCCAUGAAUAUCGCAGUGUGUCUGGCACCUUCACUCUUUCAUCUAAAUAUCCUUAAGAAGGAAAAUCUGACACCAAGAGCUAUGCAGAUGCAGAAGAAGAUUGCCACAGGUAGACCAGACCAAAAGGACCUGAAUGAAAACCUGGCUGCCACACAAGGCCUGGCACACAUGAUCACAGAGUGCAACCGCUUGUUUGAGAUUCCACCCGAUAUGGUGACGCAAUCUAGGAACUCCUACGUUGAGGCAGAGCUUCAGGCUCCGACGAUCGAAGAACUCUGCAAGCAACGGCAUCAGGAUGAAGACGGGGACGAUGAAGGCUCCUGGCCCGCGUUCAUGGAAGCUAGGCUGCAGGGUCUUCUCAAAGAGGCGCGAGAGAAGGCCAAAGGCUGGGUGUCUUGUCAGAGCACCGGCAAUACUGAGCUUUCAUACAAGAAGGUGGGCGAUGGGAACCCGCUGCGCCGCUGGCGUGUCUCGGUAGAGGUGGAAGCCCCUCCCUCUGUGGUUUUGAACCGGGUUUUGCGGGAGCGCCACCUGUGGGAUGUGGAUCUGAUGAACUGGAAAGUAUGUGAGGUUCUGGACAGGCAGACAGAAGUGUUCCAGUACGUGCUCAACUCGAUGCCACCCCACCCCAGUAGAGAUUUUGUGGUGCUCAGGUCGUGGAGGACAGAUCUGCCGCGGGGGACGUGCUCUCUGUUGUCUGUGUCUAUUGAACAUGAAGACUGUCCACCUGUAGGGGGCGUUAGAGGUAUAGUGAUGGAAUCCAAUUACUUACUGGAACCCUGCGGCUCUGGCAAAUCCAGACUCACCCACAUCUGCAGAGUUGAUCUGAAAGGGAGAACCCCAGAAUGGUAUAACAAAGCUUUCGGACAUCUUUGCGCUGCCCAAGCCGCCCGUAUUCGCAACUCCUUCCAGCCGAUCAACGCAGAGGGUCCAGAGACCAAAAUAUGAGCUGGGAUAUUGAGGAUUUUGACAUAUCUCUGCAUGGAGAUUGAAGUUUUUACAUCCCUUAAGUUCUGUGACUCUGUAAUACUUGUGAGGAACAACUUUGACUUUUGCACAAUGGGCCAGGUGUGGGUAUAAUUAACCCCAAAUUGGAAAAUAUUACCAGAGUACCUUUACCUUGUUGUUGUUGUGUAAAUAUUAUCAUAUUUUAAUUAUUAUUAUUAUUUGUAUGAUAAUUAUUUUAUUCUUUUUUAUGUGAAUAUGAUCUUAUACAAUGUAUAGGACGCCUAAGCUCUUGAGUGCUUCUGAGAAGCAUGUAUUUUAUUAAAUUAAAAUAAAUAAAGCUAUAUUUGCACAUGCAUGCACCACAUGUACAUGUAUGUGUUUGGUUAUGCGUGUAUGUGUGUACAUACAGUACAUACGCAUCUGUAUAGACUAUAUACAAUAUAUAUAUAUAUAUUUAAAUGCUCAUGUAGUACGGACAUUUUGCAUACAUGUACCGAUAUCUCUUUUUGCACAGAUAUCAGUGUAAAUCAUAUGGUACAAAAUGUUACUCAUUUGUAAGCUGGGUUUACUUUGCUUUGUGUUUUAAUGUUUGUCCAAGAAUGGGUGUAAUAUUAUUGCAUUUGUACUCACUUGUUGUAAGGAUGAGCAAAAUGACUUGGGUUUGAUUUUCUCAGACCUGCUUAUAGUACUGGAUUACUUUAAUGACAAAAGAGACAAUGAUCUUUAAUUAAAGUAUGUAUAAAUGAUUUAAUAUCAA